AUGCUAAUGACCGAUGCCCUCUCCAGUCAGGAACCACUUGUGCCUAAUACGCUUAAUACCCGAGGCGAACUUGGCACUCAAGCCAAGUUCAGACCUCCGCUUGCACGAGCGAUUAUCGAAAGCUUAAAUAAGGCCAAGGAGAAGGCAAACAACGAAGGCGAGAAGUUGGCAGAUAUAUCUCAUACCACCUCAUUUUCCUUCUGCCACGUCUCAAGCCCGCUUGAAAGUUAG